AUGUUCCCAAUGAUGGGCGGCGGUGGCGGAGGUUGCGGCGGUGGAUGUGGUGGAGGCUGUGGCGGAGGUGGUGGUGGUUGCGGAGGUGGAUGUGGACGCAAAAAGAGAUCGGUAAGGUAUUACUGUAACAAAAAAAAUGAAAAAAAAAUUUUUUAAGAGUUAAAAUGAAGCUAAAUGCUUUUUUACGUAUUUUAAAGGACAUUUAGAGGUAAGUAUAGAUGUGCAGCCUGCGGGCGACAUGUUAUACGACAAAACAUGCUUUUCAAAAUUUUCAAAUUUGUAAAUUUCAAAUAAAGGCUUGUUUUGCCAAGUAAAAACAACCUUUUUUAACUAAAAAAGUUAUCUUUAUACCUAAUUCCAGGUCCUCCAACCCCAGCUCUUCACCGAACUUUCUCCAGAAUGUCCUCAAGCCGACUGGAAAGAAAUUAUUGACCGAAACCUGAUGGACGAUUCAGAUUCGAGUAAAAUGGCAAUCCAAGGAGCUCUAUAUCAUCAAUAUUCAGCCAAGUUCAUGGUGAUUUGUAAUGACAUUGCAUUGAAAAUGACAUUUGCUAGCAAUGGAGAUGGAUACUGUAGUUCCGGAAAUGACAAAAUAUCUUGUACUGCCGUUGUCAUGAUGGGAUAG